AUGGCAGAUGCUGUUGUUUCGUUUGUGAUUGAAAGGCUUGGAGACUUGGUGAUUUCUGAAGCUCAAUUCUUGUAUGGAGUCAAAGGCCAAGUGGGGAAUGCAAAAAUCAAGCUUCAAUGUAUGAGUGCUUUCUUAAAAGAUGCAGAUGCUUGGGUUAGAAAUGGUGAUGAGAGAGUUCGCCUUUUGGUUGUCCAGAUAAGAGAAAAUUCUUAUGCCUUGGAAGAUGUUAUUGAGACUUAUGUCCUCAAAGUGGCUUGUAGUCAUGGAACUAUCAAACGUGCAUUAAAAUGGUGUGUUCGCAUUAUUGAUGUCCACAAAGUUGGAUCAGAGAUUGAGAGGAUCUCAUCCAACAUUGAUACUUGGACUUCACAAUUAGAAGCACUUGGAGUACACAGAUCAAUACACAAAGCAGAUGAAGCUUCUUCAAGCAGCUAUGUCCAACAGCAAAGAAAGUUGAGGCAAGCUUAUUCUUAUGUUGAAGACAACCAUGUUGUUGGAUUCCAUAAAGAUAUCCAGGAGUUGGUUGCCCUUUUGACUGAAAAAGAGAACCCUCAUAAGCAUAAGGUGAUUUCUUUAUGCGGGAUGGGUGGUUUGGGGAAGACUACUCUUGCCAGAAAGGUCUAUCAGCAUCCUCAAGUCAAGACUCACUUUGAUUGUUAUGCUUGGGCCUCAAUAUCUCAGCAAUGUAAUACACGCCAUGUCUUCGAAGCAAUUUACUUUGCUUUCACUUCUCCCACAGCUGCACAAAGAAAUCACAUCAAAAACAUAAGUGAUGUUGAAUUAGCAAGGGAGCUUUACAACUUUCAGAAACAGAAAAAAUGUUUGGUGGUUCUUGAUGAUAUAUGGACCACAACAACAUGGGAUCUUCUAAAGCAUGCAUUCCCUACUCAAGGAGAAAUGCAUAGCAAGAUCUUACUCACUACUCGGAAUAAGGUUGUAGCUUUGCAUGCGGAUGGACAUGGUUUCAUGCAUGAACCUCAUUUGCUCAAUGAAGAGGAGAGUUUUGAGCUGUUUCAGAAAAAGUACUCUACUAUUGGAACAUAUCCAUCAAACUCAAAUGAUGAUGAAGACAAGAAGAAAGAAGUAGCAGUAGAGAUGCUUAAAAAGUGCUCUGGUCUCCCAUUAGCCAUCAUUGUACUCGCUGGGCUUCUAUCUAAGAAACACACCUUAUACGAGUGGGAGCUGGUGAAAAGAAACGUACCUCUCUGCAUAGGUCAAGCUGAACAACAACAUGAUGUUGACUCAAAAUAUCGUAGUGUUUCGGGGGUGUUAGGUUUGAGUUACAGUGAGUUACCAUCUCACUUGAAGCCUUGUUUUCUGUACUUGGCUCGUUACGCUGAAGAUGUCCCGAUAAGAGUAAAAGAGUUAUGUCAUAUACUCAUAGCAGAAGGUUUUAUAUCGCGAAGAAGAGGUUCUGUGGAAACUUUGGAGGAUGUGGCAUAUGAUUGGUUGUGUGAGUUGGUGGAGAGGAGUAUGAUUCAGGUCAAAGAAAUGAGUUCAACAGGAAGAAGGAUAAAAUCAUUUUGCAUUCAUGAUCUCAUGCGAGAUUUGUGUUUGUUUAAAGCUCAAGAUGAAAACUUUCUACAUUUUACUGACUGGCGGAAUAGAAGGGAAGAGCCAACAGAAACAAAGGUACGAAGAGUUUCCAUCUAUGCUAAUAAAAGUGCUAAUGGUAAUGAUUUUAUUCAUAUGGUUGGAAAUAUAGAUGACUCUCUCAGGUGCCUCACUGUAUAUGAUGGAAGACUUGAGUAUAACAAAAGAGUAUUGAUACAUGUAUGCUGUCACUUUCUAAAGCUUAGAGUUUUGAUUAUUGGUCAUGAAUAUAGGUGUUCCAGAUAUACUUUGAAGUUGCCAAAAGAAAUUGGGAAUCUGAUCCAUCUAAGGUUAUUAAGUAUUCGUAAAUCUAAAAUCGAAAAGAUUCCAUCUUCUUUUGGCAAUUUAAGAUGCUUGCAGAGUUUGAUAGUUUGGAACAAGAGUGAUAAAAUACCAAGUUCAAUGUGCAAGUUGGAGCAAUUGAGACAUCUAUAUUUUUUAGGUGACAUAAAAUUUGGUCAUUUCUUAAGGUCAACUAAGUCUAGAAAUUUACAAACAUUACUAGGUAUAAUUACCAAGGAUAUUUUACUGAGUGAUCUUCUACAGUUGGAGAGUCUCAAGAAAUUAAGUAUUCGUGUGGAUGAAAAUUUUGAGACAUUCAUGCACAAUCCCCAAACUCUCACAUUCACUCAUCUUUUCUCUUUAGAAGUGAGUAAAUAUUCCGGUACGAGUAAGAUAGAUAUUGUUCCUUUGAUAUUAAUAUGUCCUCAUAUUUAUAAGUUUAGAUUAAUCUCACCUAUAGUAAGAUUACCACAAGUCAACCAAUUCUCCCCAAGCCUUAUGAAAUUAACAUUGGUUAGUCUCAAACUUGAGGAUGAUCCAAUGCCAACAUUAGAAAAGCUACCAAAAUUAAAAGUCCUUAUCAUUGAUUCUAAUAGUUUUAUAGGAGAAGAGAUGGUGUGCUCAAGAGGAGGUUUCCCUCAACUUGAGUCUCUUGAGCUUACUUUUUUAGAAGGCUUAAAAGAGUGGAAGGUGGAGGAGAGUGCAUUGUGUAAACUUGGCUAUUUGUGUAUUGCUUAUUGUGAGGGAUUGAGGAAAGUUCCAGAUGGAGUAAGAAACAUUGUUACACUCAAUGAGAUAAAGAUAUCUAAUAUGCCUAAGCAAUUCAAAGAAAGAAUGGAGCAAGGAGGAGACGAUUUCCACAAAGUCAACCACGUGCCGUCACGUGUAUUCAUCGGAUGUGAUUGGGAUCAAGAGGAUGAUUAUAUAGUGUAG